AUGGCAAAGGAAUUAGCAGUGGCAGCUGAGGAGCUAGUCGAAGAUACUACGGUGAUAGAUGGCUACAAAAUAGGCUAUUGCAAGUACGGUGACGGUCCAAAUCUUGUGCUAUGUAUUUGUGGAGCCGUCGGCUGUUAUAAAAAAGAUUGGCCGCUUUCCAUUCUGCGACACUUCAAUAAAUCUCUAGUCACAAUCGUAUGCAUCGAUCCGCCAGGUUACGGUGUUUCACGUCCUCCUGAACGUAUUCAAGAAAUUAAUCGAUGUAAAAAAGAUGCUGUAUUCUGUCUGAAAUUAAUGGAGAACCUUCAACUCACACCAUUUACAGUUAUAGGAUGGUCAGAGGGAGGACGAACAGCCAUUCAUGUCGCCGCUCAAGGGGGUCCGAAAAAGGUCUGUUUGCAGAUUUUAGUCCAGUUGUUGUGA